CGCAUCUCUGGAUCCAGCUCUGUUCCUCUGGUCGCCCACCUUGCGAACUCGAUCACUCGACUCAGUGCUUCCCCGACCUGCGCUGUAUUCGUCACCAAGAAUCUCGUCGAAUCUGCUCCAUUGUUGAGCUUCUGAAAGCUGCGUUCAGCUCCACUGCCGCCUCCGCUUUCAGGGUUCAUCAGUCCACUGCUCUUCAGUUGUUUACCCGGCAGCGAACCAAUUGGCGCGCCGUCGCCAGCUCCCAGCUUGAUCAUGGGCGAUUCCCAUACCCAAAGCUCCAGCAAUGGCCCCGACUCACGAAUGAGGCGGAAUACCGCGACAUCCUCCGUUCCCUCCUCCGGAAUUACCAGCAGCAGCAGCGCAGCUCUCCCACCUCAGCGGAGGACUGUCAAACGCGAGAAGUCUGGCAACCCCAAGAAUAUGAAUGGUCCCCUCUACAUGCAGCGCAACGAAAACAUCGUUCUUGUUCGUCGCGUCAAGAGGAAGGGAGAGGGCCCUCUGAAACAGCUGACGCGCUGGUUCGUUGAGAAUCAGAUCGGCUUCGCUUUCAACCUCCUUGCCCUCCUCUUCCUCGCCCAUGGAUGUAUGCCUCGCGCCCGCUCCCACACCGGAAAGUACUUCACGCUCUCGUACUACAACCCAACGACCGGACAAUACGGCCUCGGCAAGGAUGACGGCUUCCUCAUCUUCUUCUGCAUCAUUCUCUUUACCGGCCUCCGCGCCGCCACGCUGGAAUACUUGUUCGCGCCGUACGCAAAGUCCAAGGGCAUUUCCAAGAGGAAGGACAUCACCAGGUUUAGCGAACAGGCUUGGCUCCUGAUCUACUACAGCGUCUUCUGGACUCUCGGUCUCUACAUCUAUUGGCAAUCACCGCACUUCUUCAACCUCCGAGAGCUCUGGACGAACUGGCCCAACCGCGAGCUCACCGGGAUUAUGAAGGGAUACAUGCUUGCCCAGCUUGCCUUUUGGCUGCAGCAAAUCUUGGUCAUCAACAUUGAGGAGCGCAGAAAGGACCAUUGGCAGAUGUUUACGCAUCACAUCAUCACCAUCUGCCUCAUCUACGCCUCUUACAGAUACGGCCACACCCGCGUGGGCAACCUUAUCCUUGUCCUGAUGGACGUUGUAGAUUUGUUCCUUCCGCUCGCCAAGUGCCUCAAAUACCUCGGCCACUCCAGCGCCUGCGACUUCAUGUUCGUAGUCUUCAUGGUUUCCUGGUUCGUCGCCCGCCAUGUUUUGUAUCUGACGGUCUGCUACUCCGUCUACGCUCACACGACCUCCAUCAUACCGUACGGCUGCUUCUCCGGUGCUCCCGGAAACCUGAAGGGUCCCUUCCAGCCGCCCGCUGACAAAGGCGCUCUCUACCUGCUCGAGCCGCUCUGGAACCCCGACGGACUGGUGUGCUAUGAUGACACGGUCAAGUGGACCUUCCUCUCGAUGCUGCUCUUCUUGCAGGCGUUGACCAUCAUGUGGUUUUCACUCAUCAUCCGCGUGGCUCUACGCGUGCUCAGGGGCGAAGGAGCUGAUGAUACGCGCAGUGAUGACGAAGGUUGUGAGGAUGUUGAUGCAGAGGAUGACGAGGAUGAAACUGAGUUUGUUUACGAGGAGGCUCAAGCGCUGGCGGAGGAGGUGGGUGUUGAUGAGCUUGACCUCAAGAACUGGGCGGAGAGAAGACGUGCCGGUAACGGCGUCGGCGGAGUGACUGCCACGGGUGUGAGUCUGCCUGGUCAUAGUGAUCGGAAGGAAUUGCUCGGACGGAUUGGGUGUGAGAAGCAGGUUGAGUAAAGGGGCUCGCAUAAACAAGAUAGGAUAUGGUACAUGUCGAUGUCACCGUAGUCGUCGU